AUGUUACUAAACUAUAAACAUUUUCUAUCAAAGAUUGGAGUUAAGUAUCCAAUUAUUCAAGCACCAAUGGCUGGUGUAAGUACUCCAAAGAUGGCUGCAAAUGUCGCAAUGCAUGGUGGUAUUGGUUCAUUGCCGGUUUCUGGAAUAAAUUUCACCCAGGAAGAAGCAAUCAGUAAAUUAGAAACAUUAUUAAAUACAUGCCAAACCGUUUAUGCUUCAAACAAUUUAAAUAUUAAUUUCUUUUGUCACAAAAAGGUAUCUAAACCUACAACUGCCGAAAUUGAAAAUUGGCUUCAAUUGUACUCUAAAAUUCCAGGAAUUGGUAAUAAUAAUUUAUUGAGCACUCAGAUUAAUUUUAUGGAUGACAUAAAUGUUUCCUUCAUGGAAUUGGAAUCAUCGCCCCAAAAAUUAGAAAAAUUAAUGACUUUUUUAAAAAAUAAGUAUACCCCUAAAUUUGUUAGCUUCCACUUUGGUGCACCCGGGAAGAGCACUAUAAAAAAGUUUCAAGAUAUUGGGAUAUUAGUGCUUGUUACAGCAACCUCUCUUCAAGAGGCAAUUGAAUUAAUAAGUUUGAACGUUGAUGGAAUAAUUUGUCAGGGUUAUGAAGCUGGUGGACAUCGUGGUAACUUUGAUCCAUCCGUUCUAGAUGAGAAUUUGCCCACUUACAUUUUGUUUGAUCAGAUUAAAAAGUAUUUGAAUACUAUAAACGAACCCAAAUUUUUAAUUGCUGCUGGUGGCAUUAUUAGUUCCAAAGAUGCCAGGUAUUAUAUAGAUAACGGUGCUUCAGCAGUCCAGAUGGGAACAGCAUUUUUAUUCACAUCAGAUUGCACAGUGAAUUAUGACAACUGUAAAUAUACCACUGUAAUGACCCCAUUGGUUUCUGGGAAACCUGCAAGAGCCAUGUUAACGCCUUUCAUUGAAAAUUUAUUACUAAAUUACGAGCAUGAAAAGCUUCCCCCAUAUAGUUACAUGUAUGCAGCAUUUAAGCAACUGCGUGCACUAUAUCCCGAUAAAAUUAAUUUUAAUUUAGUUGGUAGUAACUACAAAAAUUGUUUACAAUGGAUUGGAAAGAGUUCUGGGGAUUUAAUAGAAAUUGUAGGAAAAAAUGUAAUUUAG